AUGAGCGGAGGCAGGUUUGAUUUCGACGAUGGAGGCGCCUACUGCGGCGGGUGGGAGGGCGGCAAGGCCCACGGGCACGGCAUCUGCACCGGCCCCAAGGGCCAGGGCGAGUACUCGGGCUCCUGGAACUACGGCUUCGAAGUGGUGGGCAUAUACACGUGGCCAAGCGGCAACACCUACGAGGGCUACUGGUCGCAGGGCAAGAGGCACGGGCUGGGAAUYGAGACCAAAGGACGGUGGGUUUACCGCGGCGAGUGGACCCACGGCUUUAAGGGACGCUACGGCACGAGGCAGAGCAUGAGCAGCGGCGCCAAGUACGAGGGCACCUGGAAUAACGGCCUGCAGGAUGGUUACGGCACCGAGACGUACGCAGACGGAGGAACGUACCAGGGCCAGUUCACCAACGGCAUGCGGCACGGCUACGGUGUGCGGCAGAGCGUGCCCUAUGGCAUGGCCUCCGUGGUGCGCUCACCGCUGCGCACGUCGCUCUCGUCCCUGCGCAGCGAGCACAGCAACGGGACACUGCCCCAGCAGGACUCGCCGGCCGCCAACCCCGAGAGCCUGCCCAUGUCGCCCACCAUCACGCGCGGCGGCUUCGCCCUCAGCCUCUACGCGGACGCUGAGGCCGCCAAGGCCAAGAAGGGCGGCCUCUUCCGCCGCGGCUCCUUGCUGGGCAAGCUGAAGAAAUCCGAGUCCAAGUCGUCCCUGGCCAGCCAGAAGAGCCGCGUGAGCUUCCUCAAGAGCGAGAGCGGCAUCAGCUCGGCCGCCAGCGACGCCACCUCCACCGUGAGCCUGGGCGAGGGCGCCGAGGGAGAGGAGUUCCCCCCCUUCGAGUCCGACAUUGACGCCACCACCACGGAGACCUACAUGGGCGAGUGGAAGAACGACAAGCGCUCGGGUUUCGGCGUCAGCGAGCGCUCCAGCGGCCUCAAGUACGAGGGCGAGUGGCUGGACAACCUGCGGCACGGCUACGGCUGCACCACGCUGCCCGACGGCAAGAAGGAGGAGGGCAAGUACCGCCACAACGUGCUCGUCAAGGGCAUGAAGAAGCGCGUCAUCCCGCUCAAGAGCGCCAAGAUCCGGCAGAAGGUGGACCGCAGYGUGGAGGGUGCCCAGAGGGCCGCCGCCAUCGCCCGGCAGAAGUCAGAGAUCGCGGCCUCCAGGACGACCCAUGCCAAAGCCAAGGCUGAYGGCUCCGAGCAGGCAGCCCAGGCCGCUAACAACGAGUCGGGCAUAGCCAGGAUGAUGGCCAGGGAGCUCUCGCCAGACUUCUACCAGCCAGGCCCCGAGUACCAGAAGAGGCGGCUGAUGCAGGAGAUCAUGGAGAACGCGGAGCACGCCGUGAACAUGGAGGAGGAGGCGCCGCGGGCGCAGGGCGCCCCGCCGCCGCCGCCCACGCCCCCCGAGAGCCCCCAGCUGCACGAGAAGGCCACGGGGCGCCGCAGGGCCAGCCCGGCGCCCAGCCCCACCGCCACCCCGCCGGAGGCCAAGCGGCCCAAGCCGGGCGCCCCCGGGGACGGCUCCGUGCGCCGUGGAGCCUGGGACGAGGAGCGCGGCGGCGGCGAGGGCAGCCGGGCCGGCACGCCGGCGGCCGGGGAGAGCCGCCCCUCCUCGCAGGGCUCGGCGCGGGCGAGCGGCGGCCGGGCGCCCGCCGAGCACAUGGAGAUCAAGCCRCUGCAGCGCAUGGCGCGCGAGCCCGACGCCGAGCUCUACAAGGGCUACCACGGCUACGCCGUGCGCACCUCCUCCACCUCCCCGCCCGCGGACUAUGAGGACGAGCACAUCCCCGAGCCCAAAGACCGCUCYGAGCCGCUCUCCCCGGAGCCCGUGGAGGAGGCCGGGGCUGCCGAGGCCACGGGGGACGCCCGGCGGCGUGGGGGGACGCCCGCCGGCCAUGAGGAGAAGCCCGUGCCCAAAGUGGAGGCCAAGGAGGAGGCGGCCCGGGCCGAGCUCCGGCACAAGGAACCGAAGCAGCACCGCAGCCCUGAGCACAGGCCCCCAGCAAGGGGCGAAGCCACAGCCGAGAGAAAGACUGAGACCAAGGCACUGGUGAAAGCCGAGCCCAAGGGGGCGGCCAGAAAGGCGCUCCCACCGGCAGCGGUGGCUCCGGAGGCAGAGGAGUGUGAAGAGGGACCUAACACAAUCGUGAUCUGCAUGGUCAUCUUAUUGAACAUUGGUCUGGCCAUCUUAUUUGUACAUUUUUUGACAUGAUGUGCCCCUCGGACAAGGCAUUGCUGCUGAUGGAGACCACAGAACUUGGCAGGGAUUAAACUCUCAGCCACCUGGAAACAUCUAAGAGGAGGGCUUGAGAUCCCAAGGUUGCACUGCAAACAUGAACCUUAAAUGAAAUCUCCUGAAGAUCUUUUCAGUCUCCCUGCUCCCAGUCUGUGGCUGGUCUCUGCAAUCUACCAAGAAAAAAAGCCAGGAUUUCUGCAAUUCUGCCUCCUUCUCUUAUUUGUAUGAAAUAGUGGUUGCCUUAAAUUGUUCUCACCAAAGUCAUCAACUGGUCCUACCACGCCAGGGAUGAGGGAUUGAUCUAUAGCUGUAGGAAAGUGAGUGAGAAGGUCUCAUCCAUGCACACUCAGGUGGGGUUUUUAACUCCCUUGGUUGACUCAGUGUCAGAGAUUUCCCAAAGCAAUUCAUCCAUGUCCUGGAGAUGAAGCAACACGCAGYAACCACAAAGACUCGUGAGCCCCGUUGCGACGUGUGGGGCCGGACAGCGCAGCUCUCUGUGCUCAGGAGUCCCCCGACGGGGUGGAACCAAAAGCCUUCCC